ACGUGCUCGCUUUCCUACUCUCCCCUCCGUUCCGAAAACCAAAUCUCUCUCUAGUCUACUGGGCGGGAUAGAGAGAGAGACGGCCAUGGCGGAGGCGCAAGCCCUAGUGCCGGUGCAGGGUCCCGACGAGGCGCCCCUCGAUGCGUCUGCCAUCCGGAGCCGGCUGGAGCAGUUGCGGCGGCAUCUGGGGGGAGGGGAGGAGGAGGAGCAGGCGGAGGUGGCACUGGGUUUGGACGCCCCGUGCAAGGUGCCUCAGAAAACCAUGGAUGAGUGGGACUCUACCACUGCCGCAGCUUCAAUUGAUGAUCUCGAUGCAUACCUGGAAAUGUUGAGAAAGGAUGUAGCCAUGGCAGAGGACGCGAAUAAGAAGGUAUCUAGUGAGAUUAGUGUCGCUGCAGAGACAACAUUCAAUGACAUGAUUCAAGUGGAUGUUGGUAUUGAAAUGCUGGAGUCUUUGUUGUCUAAUCUUGGUCCAAAGCAAAAGACUGGCGAGGGGGAUCAGCAGAUUAUCUUACAAACUAAUUCAUGCAGAAAUCAAAGCAUUGGUGACAAGGACUACAUAUGUGAGUUGGAAGAUCUCCAAAUAGAAAAAAGUAAGAUGGAACUUGAAGUUUUACAACAUCUAAACAGGGAUGGUGAAAUGUUUCAACUUGAAUCUUUGUUAUUGCCAUUUGGAGCGAAGGUCUUAGACUUUAAAGACAACUAUCUCAGGAUGUUCAUGAAGGCACCAGACUGUGAAAUUUAUGGACAGAAAUUUAAUUGUCCUAUUGAUUCGUUUAUUUCAGACCAUGAGCUACUGAUAGAAAUUGAUAAAAGAAAUAUGGAACCAAAGAAAGUACAGAUCAUUCCUGAUGACAUGUCUGUAGAUAUACUGGUUGAGAGGAUGGAGUCCUCCAGAGAGGCCAUUUCUUGUGGAACCUUACAAUGGCUUAUUCAGCAAUGUCAACACCAGGCUAUAAUCAAUGCUUUGAGACGAUCAUUGUUGAAUGAUGCUAAUAGUUCGAGGCAUUCUUUUGAGUACUUUAACAAAGAGGAGAUGAUUGUUGCUCACUUAGAUCGUGGGAUUGAUGUAUCCAUCAAGAUAUCUUCAGAUUGGCCUCUUUGUUCAUACGGCCUGAAGGUAAUUUCAAUCCACAAUUCGGGGGACCGUCCGACAAAUAUUGCUUCAACUCUGCUUUCCAAGACCAAGGAACUGGCCAAUGAAUUGGAGCUGCAGGUUCGCGAACAUCUGGUAAAGUUUGUGGAUGCUGUUGAAGAGAUUCUCAUUCGAGAGCUGCAGUCUUGUUAGGAUCAUGCUGUUGGCAGGAAAAGCUUUGGGGGAAAAAGGACAGCCAACCUCUGCUGGCUUGUGGAUCAAUGUUUCACUUCCACACUUUGUACAGAAGUGACUAUCACCGGUCAUUUUUACUCAUGUAAGGCUGAUUUUUGAAAGUAAGGUGCAUUGCCAGAAAAGAAAAUCUUAUGAAGCUUUUGUUGGUCAGUUCAUAUGUUUCCCAAGUUUGAACCAUAGCAAAUUUAACCAGUGCGUGCAUGGUUCAUAUAUACUUGACUUCAUCCUUUUUAUCACUUGCCUUCAUCCUUUUUGCAUCAUUUAGGAAUUUGAAUAUUCGUGAUGAAGUAUACAUGCAAGGAA